AUGUCUCAACUUCCCUUCCACUUCGCAAAUAGCAGCGAAAGCCCUCCUGCAUCAACUACAACCUCCUUCCAAAUCACAACCAAGCCCAAAACCGACAUCUGGAAGAAAAUUGGCCCCCCAGAAGUCUCUCGCUUCAAUGCUCCCAUCCUCUACAAGAAAGUCACACUGUCAUCAUUCCAACGCAUGCGCGUCACUGUCACAGCAAACUGGACAGCUCUAUACGAUCAAGGCGGCCUCAUCAUGGUCCUUCCACAACCAGACGGGACGAGAAAAUGGAUCAAAAGUCAGAUCGAGUUUUUCCAGGGAGAGCCAUUCAUCAGCACGGUGUCGGCCGACAGAGGUGCGGAUAUGAGUCUCUUGCAGACAGGCUUGAAAGGAGAGAAGAAGAAUGAGCUCAUGCUUGAGUUCAGGAAGGUGCAUGGUGCGCUGUGGAUUUAUGUUGUGGAUGGAGGGAAGAGUGUGCCGAUUCGUGAGGUCACGUGGGCUUUUGGAGGAGCUGAGGAGCAGGAAUGUUGGGUUGGAGUGUUUGCUGCGAGGCCGGGUGUCAAUGUGAAACAGCAAGAUGAGAGCUUGGCAGUAUCUUUCGAAGACUUUGAGCUGGAUAUCGAAUGA